AUGCUGUAUGAUUGUUGGUACGUUGUAACGUUGGGCUGUAAAUUGCGACUGUUACUCUCAGGAGACGUAGAGGAAAACCCUGGGCGUGACGAAAAUGUCGAAGAAUUGCUUCGUCAGAUAUUGGCUAAUCAAAGUGGCAUUGCCGAGGACAUUAAGGAAAUUAGAUCAAACCUAGAGAAUAUGAAAGCUAACCAGUCACGUCUCGAGAAUAGCAUAAGGGAGAUUAACAAAACAAUCAAUACACUUGAAAACACAAUGAAAACAGUACAAGGCCUGAAUGAAAACGUGAUAGCAAUUAACAAGAAGAUUCAAAGUCUAGAAGAAACGAUACAACAUCAAAACGAUCGACUGAUUGACUUCGAAACUCGAAGCCGUAGAAACAACCUGAUAAUAUACGGACUGCCAGAAGAAGAUAAAGAGAGCGAAGAUGAUUUGAAACGGAAGGUGAUAAAAGAAUUGUUUGACGUUAACCUUGGUGUUCAAGUCAUGCCUCUCGAGCGGAUUCACAGAUUAGGAUACAAACAAAACGAAUCAUGCCGGCCAGUUAUCAUGAAGCUGUUUAACUGCGUCGAAAAGCUGUCCGUGUUGAAGAACUGCAAAAAGUUGAAAGGAACGACUAUCAGUGUUAGCAGCGAUUAUGCCAAGGAAACCAGAGAGAAAAAAAAAAAAAAGCUAUGGAACAGCGCUUUGACGAACAGGGCGGAUGGGGAUGACGUGUUUCUAGUCCACUAUAAACUUAAAAUCAAUAAUCAGACAUAUGAAUGGGACCUGAAGGAGCAUCAACGCGUACUUGUAAGAAACCGCAGUGCACGAGGUAAGUGA